AGCCAAAAAUAUCUAUGUGCAAAUGGUCAAUGAGCAAUGCAACUUCUAAACAAAGAGUUGUAGUAUGUAAAGAAAAUAACUUUUUUUUAUUUAACUUUCCAUGGCUCAUAAUAGCAAUUUACCCAGAUUUCACUUAAAUAUAUCCACUGCACUGCAAUAAUUAAGUACACAAACUUAAAAUCUGUAUUUUGUUCUACUCGUUGUUUGUUUUUGUUUUUAUGGCUGCAUUCUCUGUAUCUUGGAGAGACUGAUUAGAGGAAAGUUUGUCAUCUCAACUCAUUGUGGUGCUGUUAAGCAACAAAAAAGCUCGUUUUUGUUGUAUAAGCCUAAAUAAGUCGAUUUUCUCAAAGGCCUGAUAGUUUCUCCUCAGUCCAUAAUGUUCUAAAGAAAGCUCAUUCAUAUUUGUCUUGGUUCCAUCACUGAUAAAGGAACAAUAAUCAUAAACAUGUUUAAGACAAAGAUGUUAUCAUUGAAGUGUGGAAAUUGUUUUUUUUUUUGUUAUGUAUAGUACCAGGACUUGUUCAAUAAAAUAAUAAAUAAUAAAUAGUUUCAAUAAAAGUUUCUUUAGUGUCUAAAAACAGGUCUAUAGACCCUACUUAUACUUUUAUUUUGAAAACAAAUCCUGCCCAAACUUGUGCUCAGCACAGACCCUCAUAAAGGUAUCAGUUGAGAAAACUCAUUAAGAGGUUGCAUGUUAUUUAAAAUGUGUUCAAUUUUACCUUGGUCUAUUAAUAUUGGACAAAGAUGUGUAAAUUAAAAACUUUGCAAAACAUUUUACAAACGUUUAAUUUCAAAUAGUUGAGAACUGGUGAAAAAAUACAAAUACAAUACAAAGAAAUUUUAAAAACGUAAACAAUAAAAUUAAGCAAAUAAUUAAAAAAAGAAUUAAAGCACUUCAGAGAUAAGGACAUGUUUGUUAUUCGAACUUGCAAAUCUCUGUAGUUACGAAUUAUGAGGAAAAAAAUCGUAAAUUAAAAAAACUUGGCAGAAUUUUGAGAUAUAUAAAACAAUGUUCUAAUUUCUAAUACUCAUCCUUUUUAAGACGUUUUCAGUUUUAAUGAAAUAUUCGCCUGAUUAGACCGGCGUUAGGACCCAGCGGAGUCCACAGCGCACAUGGCUGGUGUCGCUUCUCCGUUACGAGCGGGGAUGGAGAGUCCGCUGCUGCUGCUCUUUGCUCUCCUUCAUCCUCUGCCUUCACUCUCGUUCUUUUAACCUAGGAGAAACAUCAUUUCAAGAAACCCCUCGAAUAUAAUAACAAUAUUUCUCUAGUGCGCGUACUUGUGCGUUUUUCCUCUCGGUUGCUCUAAGACUGGUAAGGAAAAGUUUGUGACAGCUCCUCCUGUCUAGUGACAGCUCGCUGAAUUCUCUCGGUGUCUGGAAGGAAGAGCCCCGAUUUUGUUUGAACUGUCUUCACCAGCAUCUCUGAACUAUCUGCUGGCGCAGCUGAUCGGAGCGAAGCCCAAACAUGAGGAGCUGGAUGCGCAAAGAGAACUUUGCCGCUCUGCUUUUGGCUCUCCACGCUUGGUGCCUUUCCGUGGAGAUGGAGAUGGUUUACAGCCUGAAAGAGGGAAGCCAUCCAGACAAGACAGAGCAGCUUGGGGACGAAACCAAACCGCAGCGCCAUGAGACCACCAUACCCCAGAUUCUAAAGGGUAAAGAGCGCAGACCUCUGAGCAUGCUCACAUCAGGAAUUUACCCUGCCUCACUCCAGUUGGAGGUAGUUGCUGAGAAUCAAGUCUUGGUCCUGUUACUGGAAAAAAAUGAGGGUCUCUUUGCAAGUCACUACAUUGAAACGCACUACAUGGAGGAUGGAAGUGCAGUCAGCAGUGCACACAACUACACGAAAAACUGCUACUACCACGGGGAAGUGCAGGCACAUCCAGACUCUGAUGUUACUCUCAGCGUCUGCUCAGGCCUUCGAGGCCUCAUUGCAGUUGAAAACAAGACAUUUGUCAUUGAGCCUGUGUCAGGCCACGCCGACGGGGCUCACAUUAUCUACCAUGUGGAGGAGCUCAAACUGGCCCCUGGAGCCUGUGGCCACAGCUUCAACGGGUCCUCUGCUGCCCCUCAAACCCACAUCAACCAGCCUAUUCAGGCAUUCCACAAGAGGGACAAAAGGAAUACUCAGAAGACCACCAAAUAUGUUGAGCUCAUCAUUGUUGCGGACAACAGAGAGUUUCAGAAACAGGGAAGAGACUUGGAGAAAGUUAAACAGAGACUGGCAGAGAUUGCAAAUUAUGUGGACAAGUUCUACAGAGCGCUGAACAUCAGGGUGGCUCUGGUGGGUCUGGAGGUUUGGAGCGACUCGGAUAAAUGUCCCGUCUCUCAAGAUCCCUUCAACACUUUGCAUGAAUUCCUGGACUGGAGAAAAGUGAAGCUGCUGCCCCAGAGGCCUCAUGACAAUGCUCAGCUCAUCAGUGGGGUUUACUUCCAGGGUACCACAAUCGGAAUGGCACCCAUUAUGAGCAUGUGCACUGUGGAACAGUCUGGAGGUAUCGUCAUGGAUCACUCUGAUAAUCCACUGGGCGCAGCUGUGACUUUGGCACACGAGCUGGGACACAAUUUUGGUAUGAACCACGAUACCCCAGAACGUGGCUGUGGCUGCAGGAUGACGGUGGACCGUGGAGGCUGUAUCAUGACUCCCUCGACAGGAUAUCCAUUUCCAAAAGUGUUUAGCACGUGUAGCAAAAAGGAUCUUGCAGCCAGUCUGGAGAAAGGUGUGGGUAUGUGUUUGUACAACAUGCCGGAGGUUAAAGUGCUCUAUGGAGGGCAGAAGUGUGGCAACGGGUACGUGGAAGAAGGAGAGGAAUGCGACUGUGGGGAGCCGGAGGAAUGCAUGAACCCCUGUUGCAAUGCCACCACAUGCACCCUAAAGGGAGACGCCGUGUGCGCUCAUGGACAAUGUUGUGACGACUGCAAGCUCAAGCCGGCUGGCACCCUGUGCCGAGAGUCCAGUAACUCAUGUGACUUGCCAGAGUUCUGUACUGGUGCCAACCCUCACUGCCCAGCCAAUGUUUAUCUGCAUGAUGGACACGCCUGCCACAACGUUGAGGGCUACUGCUACAACGGCAUCUGUCAAACCCACGAGCAGCAAUGCAUCACCCUGUGGGGAACAGGAGCAAAGCCUGCACCUGGGAUUUGCUUUGAGAGAGUCAACUCUGCAGGGGAUCCUUAUGGGAACUGUGGGAAAGACUCCAAAGGCUCCUUUGCCAAAUGUGAUGCAAGGGAUGCGAAAUGUGGUAAAAUUCAGUGUCAGGAUGGAGCCAACCGGCCAGUUAUCGGAACAAAUGCUGUGUCUAUUGAGACCAAUAUCCCACUCCAAGAAGGGGGCCGUAUUCUGUGUCGAGGGACGCAUGUUUACCUUGGCGAUGACAUGCCAGACCCUGGACUUGUUCUGGCUGGAACAAAGUGUGGAGAUGGAAUGGUGUGUCUGAACCGGCAGUGCCAGAACGUCAGCGUGUUCGGUGUGCAUGAGUGCUCCGGGAAGUGCAACGGACGUGGGGUGUGCAACAACAAGCAGAACUGCCACUGUGAGGCACACUGGGCCCCUCCAUUCUGUGAGAAAGCAGGUUUUGGCGGCAGCAUUGACAGUGGGCCAAUGAGGCUGACAGAUGUGCGUGUGUGUGUAUUAAUGUGCGUGUUGUCAUAUGUGGCAUCAGCCGACAGUGUGCUCAUUACUGUGGCAAUCCUGGUCACCCUGAUCAGCCUCCUGGCAGCCACUCUUGUCAUCGUUUUGAAGAGGAAGACGCUGCUUCGCCUUCUCUUUGACAACAAGAAGAGCACGCUGGAGAAACUCAGAUCCGUGGAGACAUGUAGGCCCACCAGCCCCAUCCGGACCGAGUCCAUGUGCCGACCCACACCACACCGCAAGCCUCCACCCAAGCCCUGUGUAGCCAACAUCUAUAAGCCGUCCUUUCGGAGUGCGGAGCCUCUUCUCCCAUCACACAGCUUCCACUCGCACAGCCUGCGCAGACUGCCCCUUUACCAGCCCCUGCACAUCAGCCAGCCCAUGCCUGCGUCUCUGAGCGUGGGCCAUCCCUCUUUGCCUCUUGUCCCGCCUCAUCACCACCGAGUCCCGCCCAACCGCGCUGCACUGCCACCACAGCCGGUGCCGCCUUUCCUCACCCUACCACGCCAUCAAUUAUCAUUCAAAGUGGAGCAGGACUUUGACAAACCCAGUCCACCCCAGAAACCCUUACCUGCAGAUCCAUUACGGAGGGGCACUCCAUCAGGUCACAGCAUUGGGGGCCACAUUCCAAGGACAGGGGCCCUGCCAAUACCCAUCCCCACUGUGCCCCGGCCACCUCCCCCUCUCUCUUUACCCAGCAGAUAAAUUCCUGUUGUUCUUUGGAUCUGCGGCGUUGCCCCACAGACCACCAAAGACUCAUCCGGCCUGCUGAGCUCUGGCCUCUCUUUGUUCAGAAAUCCUUAUUUUGCACUAAUAACUUAAGACUCUGUUGGAAGUCACUGAAAGCAGAAAAUGUUGGAGGGUUCUUAAAAAUGUUUUUAAAUGGGCUAAGAUCACACCACGGUGCUACACCUUUACAAGGUGCUCUUGUCUUCGCUCAGGUACCAAGAAACUAUUUAUUCAACUAUUUAACGUUGGUCCAGUUAGGGUGCAAAGCACUCUGUAUGAAGAGAGAGUUUGUUUUGCUUGGGAAAUUUUUGAAAAGAAGGAAUUCUUGUGUCAUUUUAGAAAUUCUUUUUACAAAUUUUUAUGGUGAUUUUAUACAUUUUUCUUGUUGAAAAUCUUGAAAUGCAUUGUCUUUUUGUUUAACCAAUAUCCUGCUUUAACUAAGUUGGACUUGGGAUGAAGAUAAUGAAAAUGAACAGCAUUUGUGGCACACUGGGCAUUGUUAUUUAUUUAGUUCUAGCAAUCUUUAGUGCUCGUUUAACUUCAGAUGCAUUCCUUGUCCCGUUGCUGCUAUGGUGCUAAAAUUCUUUGUUUUUCUAUUUGUUCAUUUUAGCCUUUUAAAACUCAUCUAAACGCUUCUUGGAAAUUAUUGAUCCACCAUUUUUUUUGUGUGAUAUUGCUCUGAUUUGAGGUUCCUUGUUUAUUUUUUCAAUGUGCUGCUUUGAGUUUUAAAAAGUUCUGGUGCCGGUGGAUGCUGUAGAGCGUCAACAUUUCUGACAGUAAAACACCAAAUAAAUCAUUACGUUUACCAUUUCUCUUCAUUUUUUCAAUUUAGUUCAACUUUGUGAAAAAAACGAUCACUCCAAAUGUCCACAAGGUUAUUAACCUUCUGCUAAAGCCUUCCUUUAUUUUGCAUUUAUGCGUCCAGAUCGUUCUGCUCUGCAAACAGAGCGCCAAGGCUGUGCCGCUUUUCUUCAGAAAAAUGUGUUUCAAUGUGUAACAACUGUCAGAGUUGAGGCUCCUUGCUGAAAAACAUUUCUUGUCGUUAUGUGGAUAAACCUUUUAAAUGUAACAUCUGUACUAUGUUUUUUUUGUAAGUCAUCACAAGUGUAAAUAUGGUAUGCCAGUCAUUACUUUGUUCUUUUAGUAUUGUUUUGUUUUGCAAAAGCACAGAAAUGUUAUUUGUCUUUAUCCACAACGAAUGAUUGAAGAGAAAUUUGAUUUUUGUUUUUGUUUUGCUUUAAUCUUGAAAAGUUUCAAUAACUGUAAACCAAGCUUUAAGGUUUCCGAUUUAUCGAAAUAAAAUAAAAUAAAAGCGA